AUGUCUUUGGACCAGAAUGUAAAGACUCAGGCCUGGGAGACCCCGGCUUGGGAAGUUCAGUCCAGGGAUGGACAACACAAGAAAGCUACUCUGUCAGAGAUUGAGGCUGUCUCAAUCCCGAAACACAGUACCUCAGCUCUGAACGUGCAGGUGACAAAGAAGAAAGAGAAUGAAGACAGUACACGUCCACUCUGGUCCAACAAGGUUGAGUACAUCCUGGCCCAGGUGGGCUAUUCUGUGGGGUCGAUCAACCUCUGGAGCUUUCCCAACCUGUGGCUUCAAAAUGGAGGCGUUUUUCUCGUCUUCUACAUCUUCAUGCUGUUCCUGAUUGGAAUUCCUCUCCUCUUCAUGGAGAUGGCAUCUGGUCAGAGGCUGCGUCAGGGUAGCUUUGGUGUAUGGAAGCUCACCAGCCCCUGGAUGACUGGUUUGGGUUAUACCACCUUCUUGGUGUGCUUCAUCGAGGGCUUAGUCUUCAAUUUGGUCAAUUGCUGGAGCCUCCUCUAUUUGAGCCAGUCCUUCCAGUUUCCUGUUCCAUGGGAGACAUGUCCCUUAGUGAAGAACUCCAGUGAAUUUGAUCCUGAGUGUGCCCGGACGACACCCUCCAUGUACUUCUGGUACCGGAAGACCUUGAAGGCCUCAGACACAAUCGAGGAUGGUGGGGUAUUAAUCCCCAGUGUGACCCUGUCCCUCUUACUGAUCUGGUUUCUUACUGGUCUUAUCAUGAUCAAUGGGCUCAAGUCCACUGGGAAGGCAUUAUAUGUCUUGGUGCUGCUUCCCUAUCUCAUCCUCUUGUGUUUCCUGAUUUGGAGUCCACUGCUGGAAGGUGCAUCAUUUGGCCUUCACUAUAUGUUGGUUUUCAAGAAGGUAUCGAUUGAGAACUCCAUAAGUAUUUUGUUCCAAGUAGGGACACACCUUUUGUUUUCCCUGGGCCUAGGCCUUGGCAUCGUUGCCUCCUUCGCGACAUACAUGCCCCCGUCCAACAAUUGUCUCAUCGAUGCCUUUGUCGUGGCUCUGGUCAACCUGGGCACCUUGCUGCUUGCCACACUGGUCAUCUUCGCUGUCAUGGGCUUCUGGGCCACAGUUGUCUCACAUCGCUGCAAUGAGAAGAAUUUUGAAAUACUUACGAAUCUGGUAUCCUUGGGGGAACUGCCUCCUGAGGCCCAGCCCCCUGAAAACAUGCUUGCUAAUGCAGCCUCCAUGUUCACCAGUUGGCUCGACAACCUUCCCCAUCCUAUCAAGAAGAUGGUCCUCAAUAAGGUGUCUGAAUGCAAAAUACAGGAUCAGAUUUUGAAGGUUAAGGGGGGCCCAAGCUUUGUAUUCCUGCCCUUCACUGAAGCAAUGUCAUUCAUUCCUGGGUCUGCCUACUGGUCCAUCCUCUUCUUCCUGAUGUUCCUGUCCUUGGGGCUAACCACCAUGGUAGGGAUCAUGCAGGGUAUCAUUACCCCACUUCAGGACACCUGCUCUUUCUUCAGGAAGCAUCCAAAGCUGCUCACAGUGAGUGUCUCUGUGCUCAUGUUCCUGUGCAGCCUCUUCUUCGCUCGACCUUCAGGCUUCUACUUCUUCAGACUGCUGAAUGACUAUUGGAUAAACUUUCUGCUCCUCCUCCUCAUCACUUUGGAAAAUGUGACUAUAGCCUGGGUCUAUGGGGCCAAGAGGUUCCUUGCAGAGGUGAUGAUCCUGAUGGGCCGCCCCAUCUCUCGCAUCUAUCGUUUCCUGUUGUGCUGUCUGUGUCCAUUUGUGCUGCUAGCCCUGUCUGUGAUCACCCCGAUUUACGUAUAUGUGCAGGACUUCAUCUACCUGGCCUGGGACUCAAGCACUGUGAGCCUCCUUCCCCAGGUCCCAGAACCUCCUAGGGAGCAGGGACUUGCCCUUUCAAUCCACUCUUGGCCUAAGGACCCAGGUAUCUCAUUCUCUGACUCCCUGAAGGCUCAUCAGUUUUCUGUCCUGGUUCCCCUGCUCUUCCACAGUCCUUCUUCUUCUGGGAACUUCCAUGUUCUGAACCCCUUUCUUAUCUCUCCACAGUCAAAAGAAGUGUCUCGAGAAUUCCCAUCGUGGGCACUCAACUUGAUAAUCAUCUUAGGUGUCGUUGUCUUCCUACCCAUCCUUAUAUGCUUUGUCUACUGCCUCAUCCAUAGGAUCCUCUUCAGCUCCAUGAACUGGGUUGGGUCUGUUAUAGUCUCCAAAUCCCAAAACCUAAAGCACUAGCUGAGGCCCAGUAAAGAUGUUCAUA